AUGAAGAGCUGCUGUCGCUGCUCAAGGACCAGGUCGGCGAAGGCCUCAAGUCCUUUGGCUCCCACCUCACCGACUCGUGGGGCGCCGAGAUCCUGCUGGGCCUGCGGGCUCCGCUACACCGACGCGCGAAGCUCUGCCCCCAACCGCCCGCCGCCAAAACCCUGGCAGAAAAUCGCGUAUGGCGCCGUCACCGUCGGCGGCCGCUACGCCUGGACAAAGUGGGAAGAACAUCUACUGUCCACCAGCGAAGACUAUACCCGGCCCGAGAGCCCCCAACUCAAGCUGCUGUCCCGGCUCAGCGAACUGGCAGGCUCAGCACACGACAUCGCCAGUCUGGCCAGCUUCCUCGUCUUCCUAGUCAAUGGCCGAUACCGUACCAUGACCGACCGUCUCCUCCGCCUCCGCCUCACCCCCACCUCACACUCGACCUCGCGCGAAGUUUCUUUCGAAUACCUCAAUCGCCAGCUCGUCUGGCACGCCUUUACCGAAUUCCUCCUCUUCCUCCUCCCCCUUGUCGGCAUCUCGCGCUGGCGCCGGAUCUUGGCCCGCUCCUGGCGAAAACUGCGCUCCGCAUUCCUCUCCCUCCUCGGCCGCUCCCCCAAAUCCCCCUCCAACAACGACAACGAAGAAGACAGCAGCAAAACCGGCGAACUCUCCUUUCUCCCCGAACGCACCUGCGCAAUCUGCUACCGCGACGCAAACCCCAUCGCAACCACCGAAGCAGACAUCCUCGCCUCCUCUUCCGGCGGCGGCGUCGUGGGCAGCGCCGCAACCGACAUCACGAACCCGUACGAAACAGUCGAGUGCGGCUGUCUAUACUGCUUCGCAUGCAUAGCACAGCGCAUCGCCAACGAAGAAGGCGAAGGCUGGACCUGCCUCCGCUGCGGCGAAACCGUCAAACAAUGCAAACCAUGGAGCGGCGACAUUCUCGAACCCCAACUCCGCCCCUCAUCCCACGACAACAACAACACCACCCAAGACCAAGACCCAGACCGCCCCAUGACCGCCAAAUCAGUCGGUUUCGCACCUGCAGACGCGUCGCUCGAGGAGAAAAUCUCCCUCCGACAUGUCGAUCCCAUGCCAGACUCUGACCCAGACGCCGACCCAGAAGACUUGUCGGCACACACCACCACCACGUCUCCUACGCCGCUUGAAGACCAAGCCCGCAUCCGCACGAAUCAUCUUCGCGGCCUCGAUCUCGCAGACUCUUUGUUUACCGAGAGUUCGGAGUGGGCGCGCGCGAGCGAGGCGAGUGAGAGUGAGUGUGCGAGUGCGAGUGGUAGUGAGGGGGAUAGCGGGGAUCAGCAGAGUGAGGAGUAUGAGGAGGAUGAGGAGGAGGAGGGGGAGGAGUUGGGUGGUUAUGAGCUAUGA